AACACCCGGCCGACAGGUGGCGCUAAUGAGCCUCUCGUGCGAGAAACUCCCCCGUCAGAAGAAAAGGAUACAGGGGCGACGAGGAAGCAUGGAAACCGCAAUCAAAUAACCACAACAAGACUGGACAUGUCAGUGUGAGUGAAAAUGUCCAUAGUAGCAAAGCAAUGUGGAGUGAAAUUUAUUCCACCUUCAAUCAUCCUCGUAUAUGAGAACAAGAACACCAGCAAGAUGCGGAAAAGAAUCAUACCUGUGAGGAACUUCUCUCAGUAUUCAGACUGCAGCCGAGCAGCAGAGCGGAUGAAGCAUCAUGUCCGUCACAGCAUCUAUCUGGAGUCUGUGUCUAUGGUCCAGCUUGAGAGACUUCACCUCAUCCUCCGGGAUCAUCUGCGGGGCCUCAGCCUGGACCAGAGCCUCGCCGCCCAACGGGGGCCCGACCUCGACGACGAGGACCUGAACAAACUGAGCGAUGAAGAGCUCGACCGCAGGAAGGCUCAGAUGGACGAGCUGUUCGAGCGCAACCGCAGACGCAAAGAGGACCCGGAGUUCGUGUACGACCUGGAAGUGGAGUUUCCCGAGACCAGCGUGCGAGAGACGUGUAGCUGGGACGGGGAGCCGUCCGAUGAUGAGUUCUAGAACAUCAGGGACACUUAGAGGAAGUGAUUCAGACAUGGUGCAUUAUGGGGGUUUAUGUUGUUGAAGUCUGGUGAUGAACAUGCUG